AUGGCCGAAGACAUGGCAGACGUGGAAGCGAUGGACGACUGGACUCCGAUGGCCGACGACUACAACUCAGUGCUGAUCAACAGCUACUCCAGCGGUCAGACGGCGGCGCAAAUGCCGGUCCACGCGUUGCCGGCGGUCGGGCCGUCGCGAGCGACCGAUCGCUCCCACUAUAAGCUACUCGUCGAAGGCUUUCCGUCCGAAGUGACCGAAACGGGUCUCAAGAAUUUCCUGCGACGGAUCGGCUGUCAGUCACUGUCCGUGAAGAUCAUGGCCUCCAAUAGGACGAGCGGUUCGUGUCGUCCGCUCGCAAUCGUCGACUUCUCGUCCGCCAAAAGCGCCCAAAAAGCGAUUGAAUUACUGAAAGCACAGAAGGCCUACAAAUUGGCCGUUCAUUUCAUAUCAGACGCCUCCUCACUAUUGGACCAUCUGGUGAAACAUUCGCCCGAUUUUGGUUACUUUGAAUGCAAACCGUGUCGCAAACGGAUCACAAAGUUUGAGCCCAUGAAGAUUCACCUGAAGACACACCACGCCGUCGGUGCCGACGAAGUGUGCAGAGAAGUGGCAAAUCUGAAGGAUCUAUUCGAUGAUUUGCUGCUCAAAAUUAAGGAACGCAAUCACCAGAAGAACAGUUAUACGGCUCCGAAGGAGACCGAGAAUGCCAUCGCAGGCCUUAUGGGCGAAGAGUUUGCUGUGGGCUAUGAUAACCACUUCAACGGCGCGGUGGACCCGUUGGCUGAUGCCAUGAAUCAGGCAUUUAAUGAAGAGUUUAAUGGCUAUGAAGACAAUCCAGAGAUACAUAUCGCGGAGACUGAAGAAAAUGGUGACGAAUACGGGUUCAUACAGGAGGGAGAGGACGGCCUUUGGAUGCCGACUGCCAUUUAGAGAUAACCCGUAAGAGAACUCUUCAUUUUAUUUCCGAAACUUAUCAUUCGUGCAGUCAUUUCACAUA